CGUUGCGGUGUACGGUGUCCGAAAUGCCAUCGAGUUGAAUCCUUCUAAGGAUUCCGGUUUCCUGUCACCUCAAGCCACUUUUUAGAAGUGUUCCCCCGGUUUCUCUUCCGCAAGUGGUGGUUGGCAGCGUCGGGUGGAACGAUGCUCGGGUGGAGUGGGGAGGAAGUUGAAGGGCUUUUCCUUGGGAGUGUGCGAGAGAGUGAAGUGUUGGUUUGAAAUUUUCCCUCACAUUUUGGUGACUUGCAACCGAAUGGAGCUUUCCCGAAAAACGGAUUCUGAGUACAGCUCUGGUGGAAGAAAGUUAGCUUGAGCCAUUCCGAUAGUCUCGGAUGCUGCAAUGGUGGUUCGUGAGCGCCAAGAUGUGUCCCAAUGAGAAGAAAAUUGUCUGAGGAGAAAGCAGGUCUGAAAAGGAAAAGUGAAAAACAUGACGAAUAGCGCCAAAAAUUCGUUCGUCUGCUGAUUGCAGACUCUGUCUUAGCGUGUGUUCGACUUUUCCCGCAGAGGAAGCGAAGGAAGGUGGAAAAAACGGGUGUUUGUGCCAGUUUUCAGUGGAAUUUUUGGGUCUACCGUGGGUGGUUUAGAGGAAGUGCAUUUUCGUCGUCGUCGGCGUGUUUGUGAAUGAAAGUGCAUCCAGUGCAUUCCCAAUACUGAAACUUAGCACAAGGGUGGAAACGGCAAAAGGAAAUUUUUCGGUCGCGGAUAAAAAGUGUUUCCAAGUGCACACAGUUGGGUGGCAAGAAUAAAUACUCUGUUUCAUGAUCUAGUGAUUGUUUUGUCGGUGAAGUUCCGGUGCAGUGGAGGCGGAGAAAAAAAAGUGAAAAUUUGCGAAUAUGUAACAGCAACUGAAAAAUUUGCUCAAUACGGAAGGUUAAUGUAAAGCGGAAAAGAUACAGAAAAGAAAAAAAGGUUGCAAACCGUGGUGUGUAUUGUAUUAUGCAAAUUUGCUUCCGAUACGCUUCGAUCCUGCAGUGACAAAUUGGUCUGCGUUAACAACAAAGAAAGCAAAAUUCAACAUAUAAAUUAUUGAUUGGAAUUCGACCACACGAGCAGAAACAGGCGAGAUAAACUAAGAUUUGUGCGUAGUGGUGCAGUGCAGCAUUGAGUAAGCUGAAAAGGAUAUAUAAUGUAAAUUGGUUUCUGACGAUUGGGAAUUUAGGUGAUUGUGGCAAACAAAAAAAAAACCGAAAACUUCCGCACUUGAUUGGGUCACAGAUAAUCCGGUUGAAAAUUGCAGAAUGAUGAUGCAGAAACCAAGGAUAAUCGGCAGAAUGGUUGUGAUGGCACUGUUUUUGCUUUGCGCCAAUUUGGGAAUAACGCUUGCUUUCGAUUCACAUCUGCGGGGUCCGUCGUUCGUGAUGGAACCACCCCCACGGCUCGAGUUUUCCAACUCAUCCGGUGGCUGGCUGGAUUGUUCCGCAUCGGGGAGUCCGCAGCCCACGAUUGACUGGCUGUCGGUGGACGGCACUUCCGUCGGAGACGUCGGCGGAGUGAGACGGGUACUGCGAAACGGUACCCUGGUGUUGUUGCCCUUUCCUGCCGCCGCCUAUAGGCAGGAUAUUCACAGUACAAUCUAUCGGUGCGUAGCAUCGAAUACCGUAGGACGGGUUAUAUCCCGCGAUGUACAGGUUCGAGCAGUUGUUGCUCAAGCUUACAAAGUCGACGUCGAAGUGUUGGCAGCAUCUCGAGGCUGUACCGCAAUUCUGCGUUGUGUAGUGCCUAAUUUUGUUAAGGAGCUAGUACGGGUGGUAUCCUGGGUGCAGGAGCCUGCCUUCUACAUCUAUCCCUCGCUGCAAGGAGAUGGAAAAUAUCACCUGCUACCCACCGGCGAACUGCUAAUCCAUAAUUUAGAGUACAACGAUCGAUAUCCCUCGUACCGAUGCAGGACGAUGCACAAGUUAACGCGACAGGUCGUCACGAGCAGUUCGGCUAAAAUACGAAUGAACGAGCAGCGUGGCAUCGUGUCCCCAAGUGUGGUAGAACACACUUCCCACGUGUCCGUGGCACAGGACGAGGGCGCAGUCCUACUUUGUGUAGCACAAGGAUGUCCAUCGCCGGAGUAUCGGUGGUACACCCACAAUGGGCCGGAACCGAUUCCUGUUUCGUCCGGACCACGGAUACGACUAUUGGGACCGGUGUUGGCCAUCGAAGCGGUGACCGGUGAGGACGGAGGGGUGUACAAGUGUUCCGCUUCCAACGCGGGCGGCGAAGCGAGUGCCGAUCUGCGGCUUUCCGUAUCCACGCCUAUUCACGUUGAGAUUUCGCCAAACGUGCUUAGCGUGCACAUGGGCGGGACGGCCGAAUUUCGCUGUCUGGUUACCACCAACGGGAUGAACGCUGGACCACAACACAUAACCUGGUUUAAGGAUGGUCGCCAGCUACCGAGCUCGGGUCGGGUCGGUGAUACACUGCAGGUGACGGGUGUCACCCGAGAGGACAAAGGAAUGUACCAGUGCGUCGUGCGUCGGCAGGAAGGUGACUCCUUCCAAGCCUCCGCAGAACUGCAGCUCGGUGAUGCUCCUCCGUCACUCGUAUACAGCUUCAUCGAGCAAACGCUCCAACCGGGGCCCGCCGUUUCGCUCAAGUGCUCCGCCCAAGGCAAUCCGACGCCGCAAAUCUCGUGGACGCUCGAUGGAUUCCCGCUGCCAACCAACGGAAGGUUCAUGAUAGGUCAAUACGUCACCGUUCACGGGGACGUCAUAUCCCACGUGAACAUCAGCCACGUCAUGGUCGAAGACGGUGGAGAGUAUUCAUGCAUAGCGGAGAAUCGGGCCGGUAAAACUUCCCACUCGGCGCGGUUGAAUAUCUAUGGCCUACCGUACAUUCGACUGAUACCAAAAGUGACUGCAGUAGCUGGACAAACGCUGUACCUCAAGUGUCCCGUUGCUGGUUAUCCGAUAGAAGAAAUACACUGGGAGCGGGGAGGUCGUGAGUUACCGGAAGAUAUGCGCCAGAAGGUUCAGUCCGAUGGAACGCUCGAGAUAAAGGAGGUGCAAAAAUCGUUGGAUUCCGGCGUGUACACGUGCUGGGCGCGAAAUAAACAAGGCCACAGUGCGCGACGCAGCGGCGAAGUUACCGUAAUAGUUCCUCCCAAUAUCGAGCCUUUCUCCUUCCAAGACGGCCUAGCCGAAGGCAUGAGAACGCGUACGGUGUGCGGCGUGUCCAAGGGCGAUCCACCGCUGUCUCUGAAAUGGCUAAAGGACGGUGAACCGCUGUCCUCACUGCUUGGGGCCAAUAUAUCCACCCUCGAUCAGUACUCGUCCCUCCUAAAUAUUCCUUCCCUCUCGGCGGCCCAUUCCGGCGAUUAUACAUGCGUCGCUAGCAAUCCAGCGGCAGAGGUGAAGUUCACUGCAUCGUUACAGGUAAAAGUUCCACCUCGCUGGAUUGUGGAGCCAACAGAUGUUAGUGUGGAACGGAAUCGCCAUAUUACGCUGCACUGUCAGGCACAGGGCGUUCCCAUACCAACCAUCCAAUGGAAGAAAGCAACAGGGAGCAAAUCGGGAGACUAUGAAGAGGUGCGGGAACGGCCCUACACGAAACUGCUAUCGAAUGGGUCCCUGCUCCUGCAGCACGUGAAGGAGGACAGAGAGGGGUUCUAUCUUUGCCAGGCUCACAAUGGCAUUGGGACAGGAAUAGGGAAAGUUAUACAACUUAAAGUAAACUCAUCGCCGUACUUUUCGGGACAAUCUAAGAUGGUGACCGUUAAGAAGGGAGACACAGCCAUCAUGCAAUGUGAAGUGAAAGGUGACAAGCCAAUCAACGUCGUGUGGCUGAGAAAUGGCAAGCACGAACUUAAUCCUUCCACCAACUACAGGGUAUCUAUAAAGCAAGACGCCACCCCGGAAGGUAUCCACGCAGAAGUUCAAAUAUCCAGCGUAGAAAGCAGUGACAGUGGUGCGUACUUCUGCCAGGCUAGCAACCUUUACGGCCGUGAUCAACAGCUAGUCCAACUGCAAGUACAAGAGCCACCCCAAUCACCGUCCUCGCUCGAGGCGUCUAUGGUUGCCAGUAGGGCAGUGAACUUGAAGUGGCAGCCUCGGGGUGGCGAUGCUGCCGAAGUAUCCAAAUACAUCGUCGAAUACAGGGAAAUUGACCGCCAGUGGAUGUACAUGGAGAUUGCUGACCCACCUCAGUACUCGGCAAUGAUCGAGAAUUUGAAGCCAGCUACGAAUUAUGUUUUCAGAGUCAUCGCAGAGGGACCAGCGGGUAGAAGCUCACCUAGUCAGGAAUUAUUCAUUAAAACUGAACCGCAAAGACCUGCCGGGACGCCAUUGAAUCUCUCCGUGAGACCAAUCUCAUCCACCGAAAUACUUAUCAACUGGAUGCCACCCCCAUACGAACUCCGACACGGAGAGAUUCAAGGCUACAACAUUGGGUACCGAUCGAUGCAUACCAACUCUAACAGUUACAAUUUUACCUCCGUUUCUGGCGAUGGAGAAGACGGCACAGGUGAACUUUUGUUGGGUAACCUCGCCAAGUAUACCCGGUACACGAUAGUUGCUCAAGCAUUCAAUCAAGUUGGACCAGGUCCUCUUUCCGAACCCGUCACAGCCCAAACAAUGGAGGAUGUACCAAGUAAGCCUCCGGAGGACAUACGUUGCGCCGCGUUAACCUCCACUUCCAUACAAGUUUCAUGGCAACCGCCACAAGCACACCAUACCAACGGACUACUCCAAGGCUACAAAGUGUUCUACGAGUCCGCAUCAGAAGAGUCCAUAAGCAACGGCGAUAUGGAAACACGUAAAACAACUGCCCUCACGAUUCUACUGUCUAGUCUACGGAAGUUUUCAAACUACAGCGUCCAGGUGCUGGCAUAUACCCGUAUGGGUGAUGGCGUUAUAUCUCCACCUGCCUUUUGCCAAACAGAAGAGGAUGCUCCGGAAGCUCCGGCAGACAUAAAAAUAGCCAUUAGUUCACAGUCCUCGCUGUAUGUGUCGUGGCUACCACCCAAUGAGCCGAACGGUAUCAUAACCAAGUAUAAUCUUUACGUACGCGCCGUGAAUGGCCGUGAAGAACUAAGCAACGAUAAGCGAAACGUACCUUCUCAUACACUAUUUUUUGAAGCGAAACAACUGCAAAGUCACACCGAGUAUCAAUUCUGGGUAUCGGCAUCAACCCGUGUCGGUGAAGGGAAGAGUACCCGCGUAGUGUCGCAAAUGGCCUCUAACAGGGUACCGGCCAAAAUAGUCUCUUUCGGAGGCCUAACAAUCCGUCCGUGGAAAACCUCGGCGUCACUAAACUGUAUGGCUGUCGGACAACCUCGACGUGAAUGGUUCAAGGGAGACGUUCUGCUUCGUUCAGGUUCACACCACAAUGUGCAGAUCCUCGACUCGGGAGAAAUAAUUAUCACCAUGCUACAGACGGCCGACACCGGGAACUACACUUGCCAGGUCGACAAUAGUAUCGGGACUGAUCGAUUAACGCACAAUUUACUAGUUCAAGUUCCUCCAGGGCCACCGGUCCUGUACGUAACCAGUGCUACCUCCAGCAGCAUAUUGCUACACUGGAAGAUUGGAUCAACGGGUAACGCUCCGAUUACGGCAUUCUCGCUACACUACCGACGUAUCCACGGCAACCUGGAAGAGAUGCAGCUUUCCCGACACGCGUCCAGCCACGAACUGAAAGGUCUGUUCUGUGGUAGCACAUAUCAAGUGUAUCUUGUUGCACACAACAAAAUAGGAUCCUCGCCAGCCAGCGCUACGCUGACCGUGAAAACUCAAGGACAACCUCCGGGAAUACCGGUCGCUUCCGUUCUGAUCGCACCGAACUCAUCGUCGGUUGUUCUCCGACUGAAUGGUUGGCCAGACAACGGCUGUCCGAUACUGUACUUUGUACUGCAGUACCGUUCCAUUUCGAAUAACCUGGAUGACGAGUGGCAUCUGGUAUCGAAUGCCCUGAAACCACAAAGACGGUUUACCCUAUCGGGUCUGUUGCCAUCCACACUGUACCAGCUGAAGAUGGAAGCGCACAACGUGGCAGGAUCAACGAAUGCUGAAUACACGUUCGUUACGCUAACGAAAGAUGGAGACCCACCACCGCCUGAUUUAGUACAAAGAGGCCAUCGUUCUCAGGUUUUCUAUAACAACAUUCAGUUGCUUAUACCUAUCAUUAUCACAAUCACGGCAACCAUCAUCUGCAUUGCGUUCACGGUGGUUUGUUACAAAUAUCGUGAGUAUAUUGUGUUGAUCUGUUUGGGUUACGGCACUGAGCCGCCUCGUUACUUCCCAGGCCAGCGUGGUCGUGAGAGGAAGGACACGAUGGACGGUAACCAACAGAGCGCGGACGCCCAAAGAGAUCGCUACUACGCCACUAUUCACAAAGUGGCUCUGCAAGCCGGUGAUAAGAUUCCAGAAACUUCAGAGGACAUCUCACCGUAUGCAACGUUCCAGCUUUCGGAAGCAAGUACCCUCGCACAGCCUCACCACAGCGGACCGGCCAAUACACUCCUGCACUCCUUCAUGUACCACGAACGUGCCAUGACCGAGGGAUGUGCUUCGCCUCCCCCAGCAGCGGUACUUAGACAACUCCAUAAUCAGUCGCCUUACUAUAAUAUUAAUUCGUCAAAAGGUCGGAGAAGACAUUCACGCAAAACAGAGCCGGAUAGUGAAGAAUCAGAUUCCGACCAGGAACAGCUAACGUCCAGUCGGACUGAAUCUUCCAAUCAGCUAGACGCCAAGAUCAAGCACAGUAAGGAUGAACUCCUAGAACCAGCUGCCUGUGGGGAUGAUGAACUCAUCUAUAACCAGCAUUUCAUGCGUUCCAUUCCAGGUCUCAUCUAUCAUGGCACGCAAUCGAGCACUUCAUCCGACCUAUCACCGAUGUCUGAACAAAAAUCACUACCUCGUCGUGGCAGAUCAAGGGGAACAAUGAGAUCCUUACUUACACCACUACAUUUACCCGAUAAUACACCGGGAGGCGGUGGCGGUCCGCUGUUUCAUCAGGUACCGAUCGAGAGUGGCACACCGGACCGGUUAGAACUGUCGGAGGCGGAGUGCGACAUCGACACGAUCAAGAAGCUGAAGCUGGGUAUGCGUUCGUCGCUGUGGUCGCGACCCCAACAGAGUAAUAGUGCGGCCAACGCGGGUGUUAAUCUCGGCGGCAACGGAGUAGCGGGAGUAGCAGGAGCACUCGCCGGUGGAAACGGAGGGGCUCCUCAGGUACCAGUUGGACAUCCGUCAGACUAUUCGAUCGCGGUGUAAAGUUUGUCCUACCUAUUUGGAGGUCGUAUGUUUCCUUUGUUGACUUAUCUGUUUAUUUAAAGUAAGUUCCUAGCUACCAUUAUGUGAUCUAGGUACUUGUUUGGGUCUUUCAAUAACAAAAGUCGUAUGAUUUGCCGCAAUUUACCGUAUACUUUUUACAAGCAACAUUUAUACACGAAGCAUGGAAUUAUUUUUACACGAUGUGUUGCCAAUUAUGAAUCGCAUUGAUUAAACAGUCCUAUUCUUAUGAUAAGUGCUAUCAGUCAUCUGAAGAUUUGAUUUAGAGUGCAUCUCUUGUCGAUACUGUUCAUUUCUGGACGAUAUGUAUGUUGCGACAAAUGUUAUUCACUUUUUGUGUUAUUUAUUAUACGGUAUGCAUGAUAUUGCUCACACCAUUGAGUACUAUUGUCAUCUUCUGUUAUCAAUUGAAUUGUCUUACUUACAUUACUUUCAGCAGGCUAGAUCUUUAGUAGUUCGAGCUGUAUCCACUAGGCGCUUGAAUUCUACUCGGUCGUAGGCUGUUUUCAGCCAAUUUCUUAGGCGGAGCAGUAUUCACAGAUCUCCCUCAAGCUGAUCGAGCCAUCUUAUACGCUGUGCUCUUCUCCGUCGGGUGCCAUCUGGUCUGUUGAGGAGAACUAAUUUACCGGAGCUACCAGCUGGCAUCCUGAAGGCAUGUCCCGCUCACCGCAACCUUCUCACUUUCGCUGUGUGUCCGAGAAUCUGUUGCAGCUCAAUAUUCCAGCGCCCUUCAAACAAUACCCUCAAGGGCGAUGUUGAACAACAAACAUAAUAAAUCAUCACCCCGACAGAAUCCAGAUUCUGUCGGGGUGAUGAUUUACCUGCACAAAAUACACCAGUUUCGCCAUGAUAGCUCUCGCAACUCGAACUGGUUUAAAGCAUACUGAUGCAUUAGUUGCCAUAACUGUUCUCGACUCACUGUAUCGACACAGCCUUGAAGUCGGUGAUGCGUGGAUAUACUUCCGAUAUUUUUGCAGAGCAUACGGAUGCGUGAAUAUCUGGUCCGUGCCCCAUGAAUCUCGCUUGGUAUUGACCCACAAACACUUUGGUCAAAGAUGUUAGACGGUGGAAGAGGAUCUGCUAGAGUACCUUCUAAGCGAGGUUGAAAAGCGUGAUGAAGCGGUACCCGCCUCACCGCGGAUAUUGGACGAGGAGGGUACCGAUCUCUUCAUACUUAAAAAAGCUCGCAUUACCACUUGUGCACCCGUGGCCGAGUGGUUAGCGUCAUAACUAACAUGCCGGGUGUUCGGGUUCGAUUCCCGUUCUGGUCGGGGGAAUUUUUCGUCAAAGAAAUUUCCUCCGACUUGCACUGUGAUCACGCGUAUUCUAGAGCUUGCCACUCAGAAUGCAUUCAAGGCGUGUUAUUUGGCAUAGAAAUCUUAACUAAGUACUAAUAAAAAUGACGCAAGUAAUACUACGUUGAGACGGCGAAGUUCCUCUAGGAACGUUAGUGCCAUUGAAGAAGAAGAACCACUGGUGCCUUCGAGCGGCUCGGUUGUUUUACAGCUUUCCAUUCUUUCAUCUCUUCCGAAAUCUCCUGUAAUUGAGACUAUGUCGUUGGAUGUGGUCUCUCCUAGGUCAUUUUCUCUUCGGGCUGGAUCUGCUGCGCCGCCGUUGAGGUGUCCGUCGCAAUACUGCACUCACCUGUAGAUCACUUCGCUGCGUUUGUAGAUCACCGUUCGAGUCCUUGCACGUAUACACCGCGCCGACAUAUUCUCAUACAAACUCAAACUUCAAUUAAUUUACAUAGAUUUUAUUUGUUAUUUUCAUGAAUGAACGCACGACUUCCUUCUGCAUUUCGUCCCAAAUUCGGUGGAUCAAUGCCUUCAACUGGGCCAAAGUAGACACAUCUUGUUCGUUAUCUUCGACAACAUGUAUGAUCAUACGAGGUAAUCCAAGAGGUUCAAAUCUGGUGAACUAGGAGGCCAUUCAUCUAAAAAGCCAAAAAGUUAAUCAAAUUUUCCCAACGCCAGUUCAGAUUCGCGCUACAAGAAGACGUUCCGUCUUCCUCAAACACGUAAUGACAAUUCCCGUACAAUCUUUCCACGAUUUGGGCUUUACAACAUUCUGCAAAACAUCCCUUUUAUAGAAUGAUGCGUUCAUCUACAACCGGGGAAUGUUCUUCCACUAUUUGGGAUAUUCCUUGAACUGUGGGCCACAAUCUGUCGUUUUGUACUUUGCAAGACAAAUAACUUAACAUCCGAAAAGACAAAAUCUUGUCCACUGUCCUUGAUAGUGAGAAAGUUGCAUUUUCAAACCGUUCAUUUUUCGAAGAUUCCGAGACUUCACCUUCACUUUCUUCCACUUCACUUUCACCUUUUUAUAGAACUUCCACGUCUUAUUCGAACGGCUGUUUCAUUUCGUCAAAGACUCAUUUUUCCUGCUGGCGCUUUUUUGCUCUGAAAAUUGAGAUCUGGCGAUACCGAAUGACUCUAUCGUGUUUCUCGUUCACUUGUGUACGGUGCUGCUGCACUCUCGCCCAUGAGGUCUUCUUCUCGUUAAUUAACUGUUGCGGAUUCUGCUCAACCCAUCGUCCAGUAAAGCUGCACCUAUGCUCUGUCCAACUUCUAUAAGACCAUCUUGAAUAUAUUUCGUUGUUACACAAACAGUUAGAAUUUCGACAAGAUAUUUUCAAAGAUUGUUGAACGCUUGAAAUAAAGUAUAAUUCUGGUCAAUUUCAUUCAAAAGAGUCGUUUGUUUUGCCUAAAUAUGAUGAUUUGAACUGUCCAGUUUCUAUAUGACCAUUUCGAAAUUCAGAAGUAUUAUCAAUGAAAAGUUCAGAACAAUCGGCAGAUUUACAUGUCAAUAAUUGGUAACCUUGCCUUUUCGAUUAAUAACCUGAAAAAUUCGAGUUUUAAUACUAUUUACCAAAUUCUGCAGAACGGAUUUCUCGAUAUUUUUCCAUGUCUCUGAAAUUGCGGCCUUGAGUUCAAAAACCGUGGUGUACUGCUUUCCCUCAGCGUAGAUUCUGCGUUAUAGAGACCCCCAAAGGAUUUCAACAGGCAACUUGCUUGCUGGAUUUUUUUGCGACGAUAUCUACAAAACACGGUAGGAGAGAGGAUUCAAAAAAUGUAUGUAAUCUUUGCUAUUCAUUUUGAAGGAUGUGAAUGCUAUCUUGGGUUCUCAGAUUGCACAGAAUCCCGCCCAAACAUGCACGAGCCUCACCCAAAGUUCCAGGUUGAAAAAUACUGUUCCUCCUUCCGUAAAUCACGUCAAUACCCGUUCAAACCAUCAGAACCAUCCAAAUUGAACUUUUGUUCGUCUCUGAUGAUAAGUUAACUAAGGUAAAAGAAAUAAAAAAUGCCAUCUUACAUUGAGUGAGUUUUGGCAAAACUCAGACGUCUUUCGAUGUGGGAUGAUGACUUUUUCCCGCUUAUCCCGAUCAGAGAGCUUCGAUUUACGUGAAGCUCUCUUCUUCUUACCGAGGUUUCGCCAAAUAAUUGAGCACUACUUGAUGGGAUCGCUCAAUCCGACGAGCAAUUUCUCGGAUACCAACAGUUUCUUGGUGAAAAGCAUCGGUUUGUCCUUUUUCUCUCCCGUGAGCACAUUGAUCAAAACAUCUAAAAAAACGGAAAAUGUAACUGGUCUUAAACAAACAUUGUUUGCAAUGACACAUAGCAGCGAGAUCAUCACCUGGUCUUAUAGAAGUUGGACAGAGUGUAUCGUUACGGUAAAAGUCUCCGUCUUUUGAAGCUAUCCACGAAUCAAUUCAUUUUUCGAAUUCUUCAUGUAAGUGGAACUGCUGAUCAGCCAGACCAUGUGCCAUCAAACGGGAUAAGUAAUAAUCGGACGUCGUAAUAUCUAGGGAAUAUGGCGGGUGAGGUAGGAAUCAGCAUUUGGUUACACUUUUUUGCCGCUGGAACAUUUGUGCAAAGACUAAUAAACAACGCUCAACAACGUCUCUUGACCAAGUUCCUUACUUUUUGAUCAUUCUCGCAGCAUAGAGUCGCUUGGAACUGGCUUGGCGGGUAACCCCAAUGCUGCAGCAGACACAGAUAUUCAUUGAGUGCUGUCUCCAAUUCAUCGUUUUCAAAAAAAUUUAGUCUUCAUUCUUUUCACUAAGAGCAACAUUUCCGUAAUCUUUUUGGAGCAAUGUGCUCCAGCCGCAGUUUUCUACGAAUGAAAGAAGCGGGUCAACAUUAUCAUCAUCGUUCAAUCUAAGGCCAUUGUUUCCUAUAUUUUACGAAGAACUCGUCUCCAAUCUCUUAACUGCACUGAUCGCUUCACUGUGGGCAGUUAAUUUUAUGCACACAUGGAGAUUCACACAGGGGUGAGGUGUGCGAUGCAAUGUUUCGCUUCCCUUUAGGAACUGAACCGUGUGCGAUACCUUCCAUUUUUCCCUUGUAUCGAACAAAAUGUGUGUGAUAUCAACAUUACGAAAUACUGUUGUCUGCUCGCUAGAUGGUGCGAGACUGUAAAUAGAAAUCGCUAGUGGCUGAUUUAUCUAUCUCCAAUAAAUUGAAAGCGGAUAGAGCAAGUUAUAUUUCCUCUCUCUACAUUAUAUGCUGCAUUCGCAGUUGAUUCCCCGUGGUAUUUGUAUAUUGUACCUCGCCCCUUUCUGAAAGACAUCGCCAUCUAAGAGACACCAGUUUGAAUUUUGGGACCCCGAAUCAGUUUGCCUUAAACUACUUCUCGCUCUCAACAGAUCCUUGGGUCUUCUUCAGGUUUCGCUUGACGAUGGUUCACUACCUCUCCAUUGUGCGCAGCUCUGAUAAGGGUUCUUGUCCUCGGGCACCUCGUGCGCGUUGUUGAAGGCAUUCCACUUCAUGGGCUUUGUUUCGUAAUGGCAUCAAAUUCGACAAAAACAGUACGGAACAAUGGUGUUGCAGAUGUUUUUUUCAAACAUUCGUUCAUGUAAAUUUCCUGGUUGACGAUCCCGAUGGCAAUGACAAUGUCGCUUUACAACGUAUAGAUACAAAUAGCCUGCCAAACCAGAUAUUUCAUAGCGAAAUUCCACAUUUUCACUUGUUUCAAAAAGGUUGCCAUCUUAUUCUUUCCGGUUUCCGCAGUUUCCUCCCUAGGAGUUUUUGACCUCUAUGCAAUCGAACUUCGUCAGUAUAGUCGCGUACAGUUUCCGAGAUUGUGUUUUGACCGUCUUGUUUUAUUGAUUGUCGCAAUUUGGAAUCACAACCACGUCAAAAGCUUAGCCCGAUUUUUAGCUCAAUGCAUUGUUUUAGACGCGUGGCUCUUCUUGCUUGGACGCCAUUUUGAUGAAUGAAGAACAAAUGUCAAAAAGGUAUCAUUCGACACGCAUACAUCUGCGAAAAGAGAGGUGCUCAAGGUCCCAAAACAUACGCAAUCCAUCUAGUUGUUCUAUUAGAAAAAAGAUUAUUAAAAUAAGUAGGGGAGGUGGGGGUAAAACGGACAUGUUAAGAAGAACUUCAAUUAUACUUUUGAAAACUCAUGUUUCCCAAAACUUUGAUGCAGUUUCUUGCAAUUCAAUACACUGUUUUUCUACCUAAUUGGCCAACUAUUUUACAUAAAGUGUUUUUCAAUGUUUUUUAACUGAAAUUAACACAGACCGAAAAGUACAACAUUUUUUUCGAUGCGGGUUUGUAAUAUAUGGAGCGUAGAAGUUUAUCGAUCGCGAGAGGAAUGAUUUUAUUCAAUUAAGGUCUGAACGAAUAUCCGUUGAAUGAUGAAAAAAUCGAAUUAAUCCACCUAGAAGUGAUAUCGUGCUUUUCCGCAGUCUAAACGGAUAGACCCUCAACUAUUUUGCUUUUGGUUUCAGUCAGCUUCUAAACAGUCCUCAUUUGGCGAUUGAUUUCCAUUUAUAGACGCAGGGCAUUCCUAAGGAAUAGAUUAAACAGACAUUCCACAGUCCAUCUCUGUCUUACUGGCAACUGUCCGUUUUACUCCACCAGUACAAUGAUUUCAAUAAUUUAAAUUUCCCACUCAAAAAUGAAUUUACUUUUCCGUACAUACCUAAUAUCGCUUCUUUGUUAACUCAAAAACCGAAAUAUAACCAUCAGCGAAUUGAAUUUUGUUAUUCAACCACUCAAAAUGCUUAAUAUCGAGGCAGCUAAAAUUACAUCCACAAGCGGAAUCAUGUAUGAUUUUCGGUGUUUGUUUCCCUUUUAUACUUUUGAUCAGUAUUCAUUGCCAUAGGGUGGCUUAAAUAUUGUAGAAUAACAUGUAGAAGGUGUUCUCAUUAACAGAGAUCUGAAAUUGAAAAUGUAACUAUACAAAUCAACCACCUGUCCAUAUUACCACCACUGUCCGUAUCACCCGGAGAUCCCCUACUGUCUAUGCCUUGCAAAGUGUGACAUGUACUGCUCAGAGUUGUACUAAGUUUUUGAAAGCUGAAAGCACAAACAAUAGCACAAAUCACAAUCACAAAUUCAUUACCAGUUGCAGAAAAAGUUUGUUUUUAUUUUUUUUUCUAUGUAUACUUUAUUAAACUACGCUCAAAACGACGCUCCAAAUACGUACGUCAAAACACUAAGAAGAAGAAACAUGCCAAAAUAUCAACUGUACCGAUCGAUUGACUGAUACGAUGCAAGUGACAGGCGGUGAAUAGACAACCGUGCUUCAUCAGCAAAACAAAGUUUAUUAUUAAUCAAAAUUUUUACGUCGGAUUCAUAGAUAAAGUUUUACACUAUAAAUCAAAUAUAUACAAGAAUGAUGCAGUCUUAAGCUAAGCGAAAAGGCGCCUUUGUUAUGUUUUUUGCUUCGGUUCCCAAAAUAAGGUAUCAUUGUUUCACUUGUGCUAGGCAAUUUGUGCCAAAAGUCUACGUUUUUACAAAUCAAAAGGAAGUUUUCUACAAACAAGCCCCAACAACCCUGAACGAUUGCCAAUCAUAAUUGAUAGUACGUGCCAAAUUUGUCUAUAAGUUGUUUUCUAGCAAAUGUAAGCGUUUUCUAUUUUUUAUAUUUUAUCGAUUUAUUACAGAAUAAGGUUGAAAAACGCAAAUUUAAAACAAUACCUAUACUUACUAGGAUUUUGUAUCUGUGUACAAAGACUGAAUUUUCAUUAACACAUCUUAAAAGAUAAAUCAGCUAAAUAGAGAACAAACAGAAACAAGAGUAGUAGUGAAAACUGAAAUAUUAGAGGAAGGAAUCGUGAAACGUCAAAUGUUAUAAACUAUACCAAUCGGCGUUUGGAAAACAAUGUAAUAGAGAAAAGCAUUCUGGGUAAAGCAGUAUGUGUGUAUAUCAAUUGAAUUUACAAAAUGGCCGAUUACUAUAUGGCCUCACCUAGUGAGCAUACUUGCUGACGAUCAUUUAAUGAUAUUUGUAAACGAUUCACAGAUUGCAACGUUGAGUAGUUAAUAUAAGCAUCCUGUUUUACCCGAAUCAUUUACAUAAGCAAAUUUUGUUACAUUUGACGUUUAUUAUACAUAUUAGGUUGUAAAAAUUGAAAAUGUACAUUCCGUAACGCAACUGUUCAGUUGUAGAUAAUUCAAAAAUCAGGAAUUAAAUUUAUUAAUUACAAUAAAUUAUUAUGAAGCAAAAACUGACGAAACUACUAAAUGCUAGAAAAAUACACUACAAAAUGAAAUAGAUACAAUGUAUAAAUUAAUCCAUCAACGAACUGUACGAAUUUAAUGAAAUAAAACACGGAAUCAUACACUCUUAAUGCAAGUUUUGUUUUGUGCAGUUUUUUAAUGAAAAUGUAGCAAAAGCAAAGCAAAAACAACAACGUCAACUGAGAAGCCAAAUUACGUAAACAAUGAUUCACAAAAAAAAUAAUGACAAGUUAUUCAAUAACGAUACGGUGUUUAUGAGGCAAAAUAAUAAUUUGUGAUAUGUGUAAUCAAAUUACUACUAGAUACAAAGAAACCUACAGUUAUAUGAGUCAAAUAAAACUAACCAUCGUAAAUGCAGUUAGCGUAAAGCCAAAAUUUAGCAGAAAAAAACCAGUUUUAUUGAGAUAACCAAAUUUGUUUAAUUGCGUAGUAGCCCGACAAGAACUAUUAACACGUUUUCCCAUCGAUGCCAAAAUCAUACGUAGUGAAUUUUCCAUUAAUUAUGCACCUUUUGAAAAACACAGAGAAACACAAACACAUGACACUCACACCAAGUUUCGGCAUAUACGUUUCGGCCAAUUUGUAAAUAUCAAUCAGCAAAACGAUCACAGAAAAAGAGUUCAAAAUUUUCACAGAAAAUCCACUUGAAAUAACACAUAACAGCAAAUACAACAACUGCCCUUUUUUGAGAAUAAAAAAAAAGUACGUUUUAAUAAAAAAAAUACAGAAAAAAUGGUUGGAGGAAGCGAAAAUCAUAAACAUCUACUUUACAAAAUAAAAGUCAAAUGGUCAAAUCAACUAUAUAACCAUGGAACGAUAGGGUAAUUUACAAACCAUAUGUCACUGAAUGAAAAAUUAAUCUCUUUCGGAAGGUAACCGUGAAUGUAUUGAAAGGUACGGAGGACAUAAACAGUAAACGAAAAAGCAGGAACUAAGCAAGAUGAGAAGAAAAAAAAAGAAUCUGUACACAAAGAGUGAAACACAGUGACGAAACUGAGGAGUGUCAACAGACCACAUAGUUAGACUUGUAUAGUUGCGCUGUAAGAUGAUAAAGAUGUGUACACACGUAACAACAAAGCAACAUGUUGAUGAAAUGAACAAAAAUGUACUAUUUAUAUUUAAAAUUGGUAUAAAGGAUGAAACACAAAGUAAUGUUAAUUUUGGGUAACUGGAUUGUUGAAUUGGUGCCACCAGAAAACAAAAUACAAUAUUGUGGCAUUUCCAAGUGUUGAAAUAACAAUCGUUACUCAGAUAAUAGAGAUGAAAUAAACUGAAUUGCUACACUGA